GUAGGUGCACUGGAGAGAACUCAGUAGUCUUUGCAUCACCGCUCAAACUUUACCUCCGCUAUCCUCCAACUCCUUUAACCACCAACAUGGUCGAUACCUUCUGUGCCACCUGGAAACUGGUCGACAGUGAAAACUUCGACGAAUACAUGAAAGCACUUGGUGUUGGUUUCGCGACGAGGCAGGUUGGCAACGUAACCAAGCCAACGGUCGUCAUCGCCAAGGAGGGUGAUAAGGUUGUCAUCAAGACCCAGAGCACCUUCAAAAACACCGAGAUCUCUUUCAAACUGGGCGAGGAGUUCGAUGAGAGCACCGCAGAUGACAGGAACUGCAAAUCCACCGUUACCAUGGAUGGCGACAAGCUCGUGCACGUGCAGAAGUGGGACGGAAAAGAGACGACGUUUGUCAGGGAACUGAAGGACGGAAAGCUGGUCAUGAACCUGAAGUUUGAAGACAUCGUGGCGGUGCGCACCUACGAGAAGGCGUGAGCUGAUGACGUCAUUGGAUCAUAAACCCAUAGUCCUUUUUAUUGGACCACAUCCAAGAAGUGUUUUUUUUCUCUCCUGUUUUUAUUACUGUAUGCGUUGCUGCCCCUUGCACUUAAUCCCUCCAAAUGUUUUACGACAUGUGCUGGAAAUGUUUUAGGUAACUACAUUUCUUUCAUGGUAGAUCAUCGUAUGUCAAACGUACUUAAAUAAAAGUGAGUGAGUGCUUUCUAACAA